UAGCCGAAGCCCAAAUCCGCAUACCUUUUGGCGAACUUAUGAACUUGACGAAGAAGCACACAACAACAGCAAUGGCGACUUCAUCAUCUGCUUCCUCCACAACUACUACUACUACUCCUCCUAUGGCGGAUCCCACUCAAUCACUUCUUAAGCAGGCAAGAAGCCACGAGGUUUCAAUAGCCGAACUCUCUGCAAUCUCCUCUUCACGGACCGUUUAUCAGAAAAAUGGCAACAUAUUCUUUCGUACAAGUGUCCAACAGGCUACUGCAUCUGAAAAGAAACAACUUGAUAUGCUCAAAGCGAAGUUACAGAAACAGGAUCUCGUUAAAUGAAACUCGGUCCGCCAUGUUAGUUUUUCAUAUGCAAAGACGUUGGAUUCUUUUCAAAGUGCAAGUGUCCCAAUCUCACAAACAGUGGCAAUCUUGGUUAGUAAAUAUAUGUCACCAAGUAAAUUGUCCGACUUAUCAUAAGACGAUGUGGCUUGAUGAUAUUUCUCCAACGUAUUAGAUUUCGUUCAACUGAUUUGUUCUUCUCUAAUCUCUAUCAUGUCUUAUGACACAAUGUGUAAACAGAGUUUUCUACACAACAAACCAUUACUCA